AUGCUCGAAAGUUCAUUGGAAUCCAAAUGGAACAUGAUCCGAAGUGGAAGGUAACAUUCAGAUCGCGAAUGUGUUGGAUUGGAUACCAAUAUGAAGACCUCGCUCUAGCUCUGGCCGCGAAAGAUGGAGUCACAUACACAUAUACCGUAAACAUUGAGGCUCAAUACUUCAUGGCCGCUAUGAGUGUCUACGAGCUAUAUCCCGAAAAGUCACAAGAUCCUGUUCCUAAGCACUGGAAAGGAGAAGCUGGGAUUCGGUGA